CUGAAGCACAAAGCAGAUAGCUAGGAAUGAACCAUCUCUGGGACUAUGAGGAAACAAUGGAGGAGCUCUGACUUCCAAACUGUCCCAUUCUAGGGGCGAAAGAACUGCUCCUGACUUCAGUGAUUAAGGGCACAAUUGAAAAUAAUUCUGGAGGAAGAUGAGAAUGAUUCCUGAGCGACCGCACCGGGACUGCAAAGAUCUGGUCCUGCUGGGAAUCCUCCUGGGGAUUCUGUGGGAGACCAGAUGCACCCAGAUACGCUAUUCAGUUCCGGAAGAGCUGGAGAAAGGCUCUAGGGUGGGCGACAUCUCCAAGCACCUGGGGCUGGAGCCCCGGGAGCUGGCGGAGCGCGGAGUCCGCAUCGUCCCCAGAGGUAGGACGCAGCUUUUUGCCCUGAACCCGCGCAGCGGCAGCUUGGUCACGGCGGGCAGGAUAGACCGGGAGGAGCUCUGUAUGGGGGCCAUCAAGUGUCAAUUAAAUCUAGACAUUCUGAUUGAGGAUAAAGUGAAAAUAUAUGGAGUAGAAGUAGAAGUAAGGGACAUUAACGACAAUGCGCCUUAUUUUCGUGAAAGUGAAUUAGAAAUAAAAAUCAGUGAAAACGCAGCCACUGAUAUGCGGUUCCCUCUACCCCACGCCUGGGAUCCGGAUAUUGGGAAGAACUCUCUCCAGAGCUACGAGCUCAGCCCGAAUACUCACUUCUCCCUGAUCGUGCAAAAUGGAGCCGACGGUAGUAAGUACCCCGAAUUGGUGCUGGAACGCGCCCUGGACCGCGAAGAAAAGGCUGCUCACCACCUGGUCCUUACGGCCUCGGAUGGGGGCGAUCCGGUGCGCACAGGCACCGCGCGCAUCCGCGUGAUGGUUCUGGAUGCGAAUGACAACGCGCCAGCGUUUGCCCAGCCCGAGUACCGCGCGAGCGUUCCGGAGAAUCUGGCCGUGGGCACGCAGUUGCUUGUAGUCAACGCUACUGACCCUGACGAAGGAGUCAAUGCGGAAGUGAGGUAUUCCUUCCGGUAUGUGGACGACAAGGCGGCCCAAGUUUUCAAACUAGAUUGUAAUUCAGGGACAAUAUCAACAAUAGGGGAGUUGGAUCACGAGGAGUCAGAAUUCUACCAGAUGGAAGUGCAAGCAAUGGAUAAUGCAGGAUAUUCUGCGCGAGCCAAAGUCCUGAUCACUGUUCUGGACGUGAACGACAACGCCCCAGAGGUGGUCCUCACCUCUCUCGCCAGCUCGGUUCCCGAAAACUCUCCCAGAGGGACAUUAAUUGCCCUUUUAAAUGUAAAUGACCAAGAUUCUGAGGUAAACGGACAGGUGAUCUGUUUCAUCCAAGGAAAUCUGCCCUUUAAAUUAGAAAAAUCUUACGGAAAUUACUAUAGUUUAGUCACAGACAUAGUCUUGGAUAGGGAACAGGUUCCUAGCUACAACAUCACAGUAACCGCCACUGACCGGGGAACCCCGCCCCUAUCUACGGAAAUUCACAUCUUGUUGAACGUGGCAGACACCAACGACAACCCGCCGGUCUUCCUUCAGGCCUCCUAUUCCGCUUAUAUCCCAGAGAACAAUCCCAGAGGAGCUUCCCUCGUCUCCGUGACCGCCCACGACCCCGACUGUGAGGAGAACGCCCAGAUCACUUAUUCCCUGGCUGAGGACACCGUCCAAGGGGCACCCCUAUCGUCCUACGUGUCCAUCAGCUCCGACUCUGGGGUACUGUAUGCGCUGAGCUCCUUCGACUACGAGCAGUUGCGAGACUUGCAAGUGAAAGUGAUGGCGCGGGACAACGGGCACCCGCCCCUCAGCAGCAACGUGUCGUUGAGUCUGUUUGUGCUGGACCAGAACGACAAUGCGCCCGAGAUCCUGUACCCCGCCCUCCCCACAGACGGUUCCACUGGCGUGGAGCUGGCGCCCCGCUCCGCAGAACCCGGCUACCUGGUGACCAAAGUGGUGGCGGUGGACAAAGACUCAGGCCAGAACGCCUGGCUGUCCUACCACCUGCUCAAAGCCAGCGAACCAGGACUCUUCGCGGUGGGGCUGCACACGGGCGAGGUGCGCACAGCGCGAGCCCUACUGGACAGAGAUGCGCUCAAGCAGAGCCUCGUGGUGGCCGUCCAGGACCACGGCCAGCCCCCUCUCUCGGCCACCGUCACGCUCACGGUGGCCGUGGCCGACAGCAUCCCCAAAGUCCUGGCGGACCUCGGCAGCCUCGAGUCUCCAGUUAAUUCUGAAACCUCGGACCUUACGCUGCACCUGGUGGUGGCGGUGGCCGCGGUCUCCUGCGUCUUCCUGGCCUUCGUCAUCGUGUUGCUGGCGCUCAGGCUGCGGCGCUGGCACAAGUCACGCCUGCUGCAGGCCUCAGAAGGCGGCUUGACAGGAGCCCCGGCGUCGCACUUUGUGGGCGUGGACGGGGUGCAGGCUUUUCUGCAGACCUAUUCCCACGAGGUCUCCCUCACCUUGGACUCGCGCAAGAGUCACCCGAUCUUGCCCCAGCCCAACUAUGCAGACACGCUCGUCAGCCAGGAGAGCGGUGGAAAAAGCGAGUCCCUUUUGCUGUCAGGUGAUUCGGUAUUUUCUAAAGACAGUCCAAUUCUCCCGCCUUCU